ACGGUGCCGCGCGCAUGCGCCGAAGUCCGCAUGCUAGUUAAUGUUGUGGCAAGGCAAUAAUGUUGACGAUAGUCAAUAGCUCUUUUCAGCAAGCGAUAGUAAUUCUGUUUUUGAGUGUGUCUCUGCUGUUUGUGUUAAGCGCUCUGCUGUGGUUGAAGUGGAAGAAGUGCAGUGAGCAUUCUCCAAAAUCAAGACCUACAAUCUUACCAGAGAGCAACUUCAUUGGACCAAGUUUGUCUGUGCCCACAGGACCAACUCCAAAUAUUAAAACAAGUCUGACCUUUCUGUGAUUUGUCCCUCAGAAGAUGGCAGCAACCCCAAAAUUUCUGCUGCGUGUUUAUGUUACCACAGAUGUUGCUAUAAAGGUAACUUUGACUGAGCGACCAGAGUCGGUGAUAGAGCUAAUCAACAUACUGCGAGAAAAAGCCAAGCCAAGAUUGGACUUUGAGUUUACCUUGCAUUAUGAGGAUCCUGACUUCGGUGGACAACUUAGCUGUCUAGUUGAUAUUCAAGAGUUACCAGAGAAAGCAACAUUGAAAAUUAUCAGAUCCGAAAGUGAUACCAGCUCAUGUGCAUCUUGUGAUACAGACAUUCUUCCUCUUGUGCCUAUAAGCCAGCGUCAGAAGUCCUGGCCUGACAUCUUUCCUGUGCCAACUUUUUCUUAUGAAGUAGAGCAUGUGCUUGAAGAGGGAAACCGUACCUUUGCAACUUCUGGAAAGACACUGAAAUUAACCAGAUCCCAAAAGCACAACAUCUUGGAGAACAUGGCCACAGUAAUGUUCAACUUCAAACCUUACCCAUGUGACAAUGAUGUGGGUAUGGCAGCUGAAGCUCUUGUUACAGCUCAUCCUUGCCUUAAAGAGCCUGGAAGUGUGAGUGGAUGGUAUGGAUGGAAAAUGAGCUUGAAAUUUAAGAUGGGGGAUUAUCGUGCCAAGCUGUCAAGAUCUGGAUGUUUAGAAGUGUCUGUCAAUGCAGGUAAAAGGAGCAAAAAUAACCCUGACAAAGAGCACCCACACUCCAACAUAAAACGAGCAAGACGAGCUGAAGUGAAUUUCCUUCCAAACUUUCCCAAGGGAGAAAGUCAGGCCAGUUUGGAAGAAAUGAGACUGCAGAUUAUGGACGAAGUUCAGAAGAGUCAGCAAAAUCUACGCUUAAUAGAAAUGCUAAUGCAGAAGACCUUUGCCCUUCGUCGCCAGGAGAUUAUUCAGGAAAACCCACAUGUGAAGGACUUCUUGGAGAAAUGGCCGGCUCUUCGGAUUGAAUCACAGCUUUGUGCUGAGUUCCAGCACAUCACAAACAUAAACCUACGCAACCAGUUCUAUGCUGUGCUUGACCAACAUACAGCUGGACUGGUGGCAUUGUAUAGGCAGAAGGCGGCACGAACCGGAAAAAUAUCAGAGGCGCUGCGUGACAUCUUAAAGGUUUAUGAUCUCCAGGAAGUGCGCGAUGUCAACAUGAAGCGUACUCUAGCCCUUCGUGCCCUCCCGGUAUACCUGCGUGAGGAUGACCCGCAGUUCUUUAAGACUUUGAAUGUGGAGGAGUCAGAUGAGCCAGGCAUCAUUGACACACCUGUUGCUCUUGUCACAGCAGUCACAGAUGACACUGCAGAUGCAGUUCAUUUCAGUCCUGCAAACAUUUCCAUUGUUGUGGAAGACAGUGUUGUGAUGAGUGAUAUCCCUAACUUGGCUAAUGCAUUUGCAUUGUUGUUUGGGUGGAUAUAUGCAUUACAUUUGGACUAUCCCAAGAAACUCAUUCACACUUUUACAUUCAUCCAGAAAAUCCUAAUGGACGAAACAGCAGAUGACCAAAGCAUUCAUCUUUUCCUGGACUCCAGCGAUUCAGAGUCAAUGCAAGAUGAUGAAGACAUCUACUGUUGUGUGUUGGAGGAGCAUCUUACAGUGGUGGUUGGAGAUCCAGAGUGGCUGAAACUGCUUGGUGUCCCGGGGUAUAAGAAGCAGACCAAUGAGGCAUGUGGAGAGAUCAUUGCCUGCGGUGACUGGGACACAGAGGACACAAUUAAAUCAGACGGGAUGGCCCUCACCUCUUUGCUGGCUACAACCCUUGACAGCAGCUGGGACACAAGGACACAGUGGAUCGGUCUCAAAUGGUUCUCUCACCUCUUCGCUGGCUACAGCCUCUUGACAGCAACUGGGACACAAGAAUACAAUGAAUCGAUCUCAAUUGGUUCUCCCACCUCUUCGCUGGCUACAGCUCUUGAUAAGUGUGACUUCCUUCACCGCUCGAUAUACACAACACCCUCCUCGUCUCUGUUGAUCGGCAGACUUAGCAGCUGCUUCAUACAAGGAUCCUUCGGCUCACCCACCACACUGACUCAGGGGUAG